CGGUCGGUCGGUCGGUCUGUCUGUCGGUUGGCCUCGUGCGGAAGGAGGGUCCGGGCCGUCUCCCCUCUGGGCCCCUUGCGCCCCACUCUCCCUCCCGCUAUGGCAGGACCUGUGGUCAACGGAACGCAAGUGUCCUACAUCGGUCAAGACUGCAGCGAAAUUCCAGAGCACCUAGGGAGGGCCUAUGGACAUUUGGCAAAGAGACUUGAUCUGAGUUUCAACCUUCUGCGGUCACUGGAAGGACUGAGCGCGUUCAGAAGCUUGGAGGAGCUGAUCCUGGACAACAAUCUUCUCGGAAACGACCUUGUGUUGCCCGGGUUACCCCGGCUCCAUACCUUAACACUCAACAAGAACCAAAUCACUGAGCUGGAGAACCUGCUGGAUCACUUGGCUGAGGUCACACCUUCUCUAGAGUACCUUAGCCUGCUGGGGAACGUAGCCUGCCCAAAUGAGCUGGUCAGCCUGGACAAGGAUGAAGAUGACUAUAAAAGAUACAGAUGCUUUGUCUUGCACAAGCUGCCCAACCUGAAAUUCUUAGAUGCCCAAAAAGUAACAAGAAUUGAGCGGGAAGAAGCCCUGGCCCGGGGGGCAUUCAUGAAAGUGCUGAAGCCAAAGGCUUCCAGUGAUGUGGUGUCCAAAUCUCCAGAAUCACAGUAUUCACCCCUGCCUUCAGGAUCUAGGGAUCUCACCAAUCACAGAGGUGUUCUUGGCAGAUGUCAUUAUGUUUAUUACGGGAAGCAUUCCGAGGGCAAUAGGUUUAUCCGAGAUGACCAGCUCUGAAGUCAACCCCUGCAUCCCUGCACGCUUUAAGCCAAUUUUGAGAGGGAGGAAGAAAGGAAGAGACAAGAAGGAAAGGCCCUGCUCCAUUCACAUGUUAACGAUGAAACUACAGUCCUCUAGUUCCUUCUGCUGACUUUGCCAAGCCUGUCAAGAUCAUCCUUCUGUCUUAGCCUGAGUAGUCACAUAAAGAUUGACAUGAUUGCCUUUAAGCAGGUCCCAUCCACCAGUGUGACAGACAGCUACAACCAAGCACCAGGGCUGACAGAAUGAACACCAUGAUCGAUUGCCUGGCCCAUCGUCUGCUCACGGGGGAUCAGAGGUCACACCUGGGGCUUCCCUGAGCAUGCUCAGUUGGUUUAAAACAAGGGAAAGUCUUUUAUCUGCAGUUUGCCUGUUGAGUGAGAGAUACAUGUAAUAUCAAUUUGGCUCAGGAAAGAACUGACUACAAUUUAGGGAAGAAAAAAUGUCUUCUCCAGAUUUUUUUCCACCUAUUAAGCACUUGCACUUGACCCACAUGGAUCUCCAGCUGCCUUUAGGUGUUUUUUCAUGAGUUAAACCCCAAGAUUUUCAGUUUCUUCAAGGAAAACUGCGCAUUGUCAGAAACGCUUUGUGUUCCGUUUCAGAAAUGUCCAAAAGCCUGCCUUUGCAAACACCUUCCCAGAACAAGAUAGCAUAGUCAAAGGGCUCGAGGAUGUCACUGACAUGGCACCACAGAAAGCUGUUUACAAGUAUAUUUUUAAUUUUUAGAUUCAAUUAUUCCAGGAUAUUUGGCAUGCCACGGUGUUUUUUUUAAAAUCUACGUUGGAGCACAUUUUGGUUUAACCACACUCCAUUUAGAUUGAACAGAAAUGACUUUAAUACCACCCUAUAAACAUGGGGGGGGGGCGGGGGCAAAGGUUACUCAACAGUGUGGAUUUCUUUUGAAACUAAUGAUAAAAUGAAAAGUACAAACUGGAGGUUGGAAAUAGAGAAGGUUAGGAAAAGAAAAAACACGCAACCUAUUAAACUGAUAUUUUCUGUUUCUAGCCAAGCCCAGCUAGGCUGAAACCUCAUAUUCAUCAUAUGAAGUAUUGGAUAAGGGACUCAGUGGCUGGGCAACAGAUCUUAGGUAGGUUUGCCUCUUUAAUGCCACAUCAUGCACAGACUCAUACUGGUGAUAUGAACGUACGCAAUUGUCAACUUGCUGAUGAUCAAUUGACAUCUCAGAACACAGAGGGAUCAGUUUAGCACAGAAUAUCUUUUUCUCUUUUUCUUAGGACCAACCCUUCUCCAUCUCUUUUGCUCAGGACCACCAAUGAUGAGCAGCUUAGGGGAGUGGUGCUAGAUCUCAGAGUCUUUCAACUUUCAGGUCAGUGGAAGCUAAAUUGCUAUAUCCACUGACCAUCCAUUUUACUCAUGUCUGAAAGGGAACUUUCAAGAGGGUUUAAGGUUGCUGGCUCUGUAUCAGCAGGCCACCUCCAGAACUGAUCACCCUUUUAAGGCAGCUUGCUAGGAAUAGACUUGUCAGGCAGUUCUGGGUGGUUGGCUGUUAAGAUGGCUUAAGCGAUCAGUUGCCCAUAGUCUGCUGAUUGUAUCACCUUCAUUAGUUGAUUAUUUAGGCAAAUGAAGGAAGGCAGGGGGAAGUUAGGAGGUUAUUGAGAAAUUUCAUUUAGAAUAUUCAAAGUACUUAUCCCUCUUUUUUUAGCAAAAACAGCAUUGGGACAUUCCUGAAAUUAGUCACUUUUGACCCCCAUCCUAGCUCUCCUCAGCUAUUCAUUUAAAAGCAUCAAUACAAGCCUUGUAAAUGAUAGUUAAUGGGCAAGAAGAGUUCUAAACCGGGGCAAGAAAGACUAGUGCUAUGUCAUAAUCAAUCGAGGGGGAUAUAUAUUCUCGUCUUUAUAAAAAGCUUUAACCCUGCCUCAAAUGAUUAACAAAAAGCACUUGUAAACCGACCACAGAAUUUUCCCAUCUUUAUUUUUCUUACUUGUUUACUUUUCCUAAUGUCAGGAUCAUUUGUAUCCUUCUCAGGAAUGUUCCCCUUAGUGCAGACUUUGGAAGCGAAAAUAUUUUUGGAAUGAAUUACUGACCACACUGUUCUCUUCCUUUUGUAUUGCUUUGCUUUUUUGUUAUGAAUUGUAUAAUGACUGCUUUAAGAUGAGCAUAAUUAUAAUUUACAUCAAUGCCUCCAUUACUAAAGAGUCAUCUUGAUGACAGAGGAGCAUCAGGUUUUGUUUCACUCAAGUGAUAAUGUUACUGAAGUAGAAUUUGGUUGUUUAUUGUGGUGUUGUGUUUGUUAGCGUCAAUUACAGGGUAAAUCCCAGGUCAGGUGGAGUACAGAGUUGAAUUUCUACCCAUCACUGCCCAGGACAGGUUUUCCUAUAAGGUGGAAAGCCAAAGGGAUCUUUUCUGGAAUUUCGAAGAGUCUCUAGAAAAAGAGCUCCUUUCCUCACCUAAGUGAUAAACUCAGGGAAAACUGGAUGAGGAUGUUCAUUUUAGAUUUCAUUGUCUUUCCCUGCUUUACUUUACUUAGUAGCUACUCAAAAUCUUAAAAAAGCAAGAUGUGCUAUGUUGAACAGUAGAAGGGCAUUCUGUAUGUUUUUAUCCCUAGUAGGUGAUUCUGAUUAUAGGGAUCUGAUUGGUUAAGGUCUGGGCUAAUGUAGGGAGUGAAUUGAGUCUCCCAAAGACUCCAGAGAAAGAUUUAUGAAUUGUCAGGACAACCAUGUUUAUUUGAAUUUUUUUCUGAAAACUGUAAUUCUAUGGGACAGUUUGUUACUUGGAGACUGAUGUUUUGGAUUAUGAGAAUCUUACUAAAAGCACAACUAUUGCAAUCACUUUGCUUUGAUUUUCACCAGCUUGCUCAUAAACACCCCCUCUGUUUGCAUCUCUAAAUAAGAGUACAUGAUCAGGGAUUAUCAUCCAAUAGAUGUGUCUGGGUACUGAAUAUUUGCAUCUGGUUUUGUACUCCAAAGAAUAAAAGAAUCUAAACCACAA